UCGACGGUGGUAUGCAAGAUCUUAUGCUGCUGAACAACUGGAACGACAUGGACCCUUUGCUAAUAUGGAGAUUAAUUCCUUAUCAGAGAAACUUUGUUGCAAAAUACUUGAUUUGACAACCAUAUGUACAUGAAGACUUUGUGGUUUUUUUAAUCAGAAAAGAUUGUUGAUAUAUUCAUGAAAUGAGUAGAGACAGUGCAUCCUAUCUAACUUUGCAUACAUGGAGGAAGGAAAAUCAAGCAGAAUGAUUGUUGUUACCCUGAAGCCCCUGUACACUUUCAUCUGUCUGUAUCUCCAUUUUCUCCACUGUCAAAAAAUAGAUGUUUCCGCAGAUGAAUCUGCUUAUUUUCCAUUAGAAAAUAUUCUUCUCGACUGUGGCUCUUUGGCUUCACAAGCUGUAUCUUAUGAUGGCCGGAAUUGGAGCAGUGAUAUUAGAUCACAUUUUGUCGCUUCUAAUCCGGAUAGCAGCUUCACAGUGUCUAGAGCCUCUUCUGCAGGGACAUCAGUGCCUGAAGUCCCUUACAUGACUGCUAGGCUCUUCCACUCCCAGUUUACUUACAGCUUCAAUGUCUCCCCAGGGCCAAAAUUCAUUCGCCUUCACUUCUAUGACGAUUCUUACAUGAGCCUCAAUGCCUCUAAAGCUUUUCUCUCAGUCACUGCUGGUCACUUCACUCUCCUAAGAAACUUUAGUGCCUACCUCACUGCCAGGUACAUGAAGUCAGCAUAUUUUUUCAAAGAGUUCAUUGUUCAUGUCGAAAAUCAUACGCUAGACUUAACAUUUAGCCCUUCUACAAAUGCUUCUGAUGGUUAUGCUUUUCUGAAUGGGAUUGAAAUUGUUUCAAUGCCACUUAAUCUCUACAAUCAAGGCAACAAUGUGUCUGGAAACAGUACUGCAAUGGAGACUAUGUAUCGAGUUAAUGUGGGAGGCCAAAGCAUACCUCCGAAUCAAGAUACCGGGAUGUCCCGUAGUUGGACAAUCGAUUCGACUUACCUCUUCGGAUCUGCUGUUGGGCUAGCGAAUUAUGGUUUAGAUGUUUCAAUCACAUAUCCGCCAGAAGUACCAGCGUACACAGCUCCAAAAGUAGUAUACGAUACAGCCCGUUCGAUGGGUUCCUUUUCUCAGAUCAACAAAAAUUACAAUUUAAGCUGGUUCUUUCCUGUUGACUCUAGCUUCAUGUAUCUUGUCAGGCUCCAUUUCUGUGAGAUUGACGGGAAGAUAACAAAGAUAAACCAGAGGGUCUUUGACAUAUUCAUCAAUAAUCAAAUAGUGGAAAGUGGAGUAGAUGUCAUUGCAUUGAGUCAGGGGAAUGGUAUUCCUUUAUAUCGGGACUAUACUGUGUUGAUUCCGAAACUAACUUCUCUUGGGAAGCAGGACCUAUGGUUGGAGUUACACCCCAACCUCCGAUCUAAGCCUCAGUACUACGAUGCCAUCUUAAACGGAGUGGAGAUAUUCAAAGUGAGCAAUAAUGAUGGAAACCUUGCUGGACUCAACCCUUCAGUCAGUAAUGAAUCUAGCACUCAUGGAGAUGAACCAACUUCCAGUUCCAGAUCAUCCGAAAGUUCAAACAAAGAAAUACUUACUAUUGCUGGCAUCUCGAUUGUUAUUGUUCUUGCAAUAGCCCUUUGCCUUUUCUUGAUUGUGUUUCUGCUUAAAAGAAAAACAGAAAGGACAAAGAAGAUUACCAGAAACUCAUUGCGCAAUCGCUCUUUUUCCAUCGGUGAAAUCAAAAAGGCAACUAAUAACUUUGAUGAGGCAAAGAUUAUUGACAGUGACGCAUUUGGUCUGGUUUACAAAGGUUACAUUGACGAGGGGAGCACUGCAGUCACUAUCCAUCGAGCAACUCAGGCAAUUUCAAAACAAGAGUUACAUAAAUUUGAUGCAGAGAUAAGGAUGCAUUAUCAUUUUCGCCAUCAACAUAUUGUCCCGUUGAUCGGAUACUGCAAGGAAGACCAUGAGAUGAUCCUCGUAUAUGAAUACAUGCCUAAUGGCACCUUCCUUGAGCAUCUUCAUUUUGCUGAUCAAAGGCAGCAAUCCCCUCUCUCCUGGAACCAGCGGCUUGAUAUCUGCACUGGAGCAGCAAGAUGCUUACACUACCUCCACUCUGCUUCGUCACACCCACUUAUCCCUGCUGAAAUCAAGACCACCAACAUCCAAUUAGAUAAGAACCUGAUGGCCAAAAUUUCAGGAUUUUCCUAUAACCGUUUUAGCACCAAAACGAAAGGUACCAUAGGAUACCUGGAUCCUGAGCAAAAUUUGACAGAAAAAUCUGAUGUGUUUUCAUUUGGAGUGGUGCUGUUGGAAGUACUUUCUGGAAGGCCAGCCAUGAAUCCAACGGCUGCAAGAGACAACGAGGAGACUGAUCGGGGUACUGCUAAUCCUCAUGAAAGCUUGGUUCAGUGGGCAUUGACUUGCCUCGAGAAAAGUACGGUUGAUCUACUUGUGGAUCGACAUUUAAAAGGAAAGAUUGUGCCUGCAUCUCUUACAAAGUUCAUAGAGAUCACCGAGAAGUGCUUGGCAGAUCAAGGGGUGAAUCGACCAUCCAUGAUCGAGGUGCUUUGCAGCCUAGAGUUGGCGCAGCAGCUGCAAUUUCAGGGGUUUGAAAACUCAAAUGGAUCAGCUAAGGACAUCGUUUCACACAGCAACUCAAAUUUGAUGCUCGGACUUGAGUUCUUUGGUGCAGGCCGGUGAAAUUCAUUUAAAGUUUAGUGCUGAAAAGGCUCAUUGAAGUCAUUGCAAAUACUUAAAUAAUAGAGCAAAAAAGGAACCAUAUUAGCUUAGAGUUGAUUAUAUUAAUUAUACUCAGCAAAGCAACUAGCAUUUUUGGACCAUGGACCUGGCAAACCCACAAAACGGAUACUGCAUCUAUUGCUGUUGUCCCUGUCAAAGGAAAAAACAACAAAUUGGUCAUUCCUUGUUUUUUAGUCUAAAAAACAUCAUUUUGCAUGCCACUUUCUACAGUUCAAAUUGAAUGCACGUGAUCAGAAUAUUAUGGCAGAGGUAGAUAAAAUGGGGAAACAGCUUUAGUUGAAUUACA